GCCAACACAUCCGGAGGUGUUGGUGGUGAGGCUGACGUAGUGUUUGUGUCAUCUGGGGGAGUUAUUGGCUGCAUAUUGCUAAUGCUGCGUAACUCAUCUAUCAACAUCAUUUCGCAUGCCAGCUGUUAGGUAUUGCUGAUCACACUUGCUUGUUAAGAGGAGGAUCACGUUGCCGUACGUGGCAUUUUAAGGUGAAAAAAUGUCUGAACGUAAAGUCCUUAACAAAUACUAUCCUCCAGACUUUGACCCAUCUAAAAUUCCUAGGGCAAGAUGUCCAAGGAAUCGCCAGUUUACUGUGAGGUUGAUGGUUCCCUGCAAUAUCAAAUGUUAUACAUGUGGGGAAUAUAUUGCCAAAGGAAAGAAAUUUAAUGCCAGGAAAGAGGAUGUAGAAAACAUGACUUAUCUCGGUGUUCGAAUCUAUCGUUUCUACAUAAAGUGCCCAGGAUGUCUUGCUGAAAUAUCUUUUAGGACAGAUCCAGAGAGCACAGAUUAUGUCAUUGAGGCUGGUGCUCAUCGCAAUUUCCAAGCAUUAAAGUUGGCAGAGGAACAAGCAGCGAGAGAGGAGCGUGAAGCGAGGGAGGAGAUCGAGUCCAACCCAAUGUUGCUGUUAGAAAACCGAACUCAACAAUCCCAGUACGAGAUGGAAGUAUUGGAGUCGCUUGAAGAUCUACGUGAAAUGAAUGAUCGGCAUGCAGGUAUUGAUCUUGGAAAAAUUGCAGAGAAGUUCGAAACUGAACGAAAGAUGACACAGGAACAAGUGGAGGAAGCAGAAAGAUUAGCAGCAUUACAAGCACUUGGUUAUGAAAUGAUAGAAGGACAAAUGGUAAAAAGAGUUGCUCCUGAAGAAUUAGAGGAAGAAAAACCACUAAAGAAGAAAAUCAAAAUAGAAAAGGAUACCAAAGUUACCGAUGUCCUUACAAGUUCUUCGCUGAGUGUUGGAGAUAAAUUUAAAAAGGGUAACAUGAAAUCUAGGCUGGCAGGCAUGAUUAAAAUUAAAGAUUCACAAACAAAAAGGGAUAAAAGCACAAAUGAACCUAAAGGACCCAAAUCAACUAAAUUAACAGAUGUACCGUUACCGAACACAUCAAAGCCGGUAGUUCCUUUAUCAUCAUCAGAUAAAAGUGUUGAUAAAGUUUCAUCUAGUACAUCUGUGGUAAAAGAUGAGGUACAGAAUGUUGUAUCAAAAGGUCCUAGUGGGUUGUCAUUCCUAGGGGCAUAUUCUGAUUCAGAGUCUGAUGAGAGUAACUGAGUAUCUUUCUCCAGCUGUUACUAUUUUGUUCUUGUUGAAAUAUUGGAUGUUCUUAGCUCCCACUGCCAUAUGUUGUGUAAUUUAUCCAGAUUUGUCUCAUACACCUUAUUGUUUAACUCCUCCCAUUGACCCUUCCUUGUUAACCAGGUACAGUACUGUAAACCCCAUUUCAGUGCUGUACAUGGGCAGCAAGAUGGAUAUACAGUACCAGGGAAAAGAGCAACUUACAAUGUUGUAUCUCUGAAAAUACACCAUAGUAAAUUUCUUUUCAUAGUUAAAGAGAUUUUGUAAUUAUGCUCAUUUAUGAUUCCUUGCAGUUAAGGGGGAAGAGACUUACUAAAAACAUUUCUUGGUGAUCUGUAAGUAUUGGUGUGAAUCAGGCUUUUUUAAAUUAGUACAGUACAGUACAGUACAGUACAGUACAUAUCUAUUUUGAUUGGCUUUGAGUGUAUAUCUUACAGUAUUUGCAGUUCUACAGAAAAGAAUUAUACUUUAUUAAAAAUAAUUAGGUUCUAUAUCACCAGGAUCAGCUUAAUAAUUAGUGAUGAUGAAUAAUAGUAAUUAUUCUGAGAAUUUGGGUAGAUAGACCAUUGCACCUUGGAUCACAGUGUGACCCUCACUAAUAAUGUACAGUACCCUCAUCAGUUUUCAGCAGUGGCUUCUUGCACAAGAUUUGUUUGUUUGAUUUUUUUGUCAUUUAUUGUAUGGUGGAUUACUCUUUAUAAAAGAUAUGGUAAGACAUUAUACCCCUAAUUACUGUACAGUAUUGGCUAUACUGUAGCAGUAUACAGUGUACAGAUAUAAAGUAAAUGGAUAUGAUUUAUUGGAUAGUUUUUGAAGUACUGUACAUACUGUAAUUAAAGAAUUGUCUGGGAAAUUAUUAAAUUUAUCUGCAAUGUUUAAAAUUUGACAUUAAAAGACAAUAAUUCAAAGUACAUCUACUUAUCACUUUGUACAGGUCAUUAAAUUUACUUCUGUGUAAUAUAUACUUUUUGUUAUUUGAAAUAUAUGCUUUAUGACAACUUAUAAUAGGAAAUCUAAAUAAAAUAAAAAAUAUUUUUUAAUAA